AUUGAAAAUGUUUUCCCUGGGGUCCUGGCUCCCGGCGUUGCCCGGGCUGGCGUGGGGCUGGGCACUGCUGGAUGCACUCCUGCAAGGGCUGGUGGGUGCCUGUGCCGUCUCGGUGCUCUGCAGCCUCCUGAAGGUUUAUCUCUACAUCCAGUGCGUGAACAAUCCGGAGAGGCAGGUGGAGAAGGAGGCGAUCGCGUCGCAGCGGCCGCUGCUGGAGCCGCUGCACGUGCUGGUGCUGACCGGUGUCCUGGCCCUGGUGGGCUCCCGUGUGGCCGCGCUGGUGGUGCUGGAGUUCUCUCUGCGUGCCGUCUCCACCGUCCUCUCCCUCGGCAAGGGCGCCCACAGCAGCCAGCUCUACCUGCUGUGCCAGUACUCGCUGGGCUGCGGGGUGUCCUGCGGCCUCAGCUUCCUGCUGGAGGGGGCUCCGCACCGGAGCUGGAACCUGGCGCUGGCGGCGGGGCUGGCGGGGCUGCUGGCGCUGCACGCCCGGCGCCUGGCCCGGCACGUCUGCGCCCUGUACGAGCUGCACAGCCGGGCGCGCUACUGCGGCGUCUGCAUCCUGCUGCUGGCCGCCGGGCACGGCAUCCCGCGCCUGCUGCGCAACGCCCUGGCCCUCACCUUCGCCGUGGCCGACCUGGCCGCCGUGGAGCUCAUCAACCGCGACUUCCUGUCCACGAGCGAGGCCGUGCGCUUCUGGACACCGCUGACCAUCUGCUACACCCUGCUGGUCGUCUACAUGCAGGAGGAGCCCCGGCAGAGCACGGGCAGGGGGCUGGUGUUCCGGACCGUGGUGGUGCGCAUGGGCGGCCUCUUCAUCCUCCUCCUCACCGUGGGCCGAUGGACCGACAUCCUGCACGUCUUCAUGUCGUUCCUGGGGGAGCUCUGGUGCCUGCUCUGCUCUGGGGUCCUGCUGGAGUCCUGCUGGAGGCAGGAUUUUGCCCAUCAGCCUCGCUUGGAUAGUUCAUCGGGAUCCAGAUCGGAGCAGACGUCCCGAUGAGCCGUGGGGUGUAACCAGACAGCAGAAAUUCAGGGUGGCUUCACCGGGCACCCCCAGAAUCCCCCCGUUGCAGAUCCCCCAUGGGGACUAAGGAAAAAAGGCCUCCUGGAAGGCAUCCAUGGGAUGGAGGAGGUCGGGGGGAAGACUCACAUGGCCCCUGGUUUUUGGGGGGACCCCAUAAGGUUGCAGCACUGCUGGGGUUUGUUCUCUGAUCCCAGUGGGACUGCAGGAUGCUGAUGGGUGUCCCAUCCUCGCUGGCUGCAGGGCCACACUGUCACAGCACAGGGCCUCUAGGGGGUUACAAAUCUCAGAAAAUAAAGUUUUUUCCAGCAAAAUC